AUUAAUGAUGCUUAGAGGCGUUUCAAGAAAGAUCUCAAAAAGAGUUGUUUUUUAAAGUACACUACUAUGAGUGAAAGAUUGAAGCAUCGUCCCCAGACCGUACCUGAAGUUCAUUUCAAGCAAUUGAUAUCCUAUUGGAAGAACAAUAACAUCCAAAAAAUUAGCAAAAUCAAUGCUGUGAACAGAGCUAAGCAAAAGUAUAUGCAUCGGAUGGGCCCAACAAACUUUGCGAGGAUUCGUGCAAAACUGCGUGCUAAGAAAGAGGACGGAAAGGAAGUUAGCCAGGCAGAGAUGUUCAUUGAGACUCGACAAAGUCGAAAAGGAAAACAGCCGGAUGAGGAAACUUCAAGUGUAAUUUCUAAGCUUCAAGAAUCAGUUCAGAAUUCAACUGAAUCUGAGACAUUUAACUCCUUGUUUGGGAAAGAAAAAUCUGGACGAGUUCGUUGCUAUGGAAGAACAAUAACACCUACCAUGCUUAAAAGAAAAGAAGAAAUUCUGGUUAUUAAAAGGCAACAUAAUGAUGAAGUGGCUGGCAUGAAGAGGGAGAUGGAUGGUAUGAAGGCGCUAUUUAAGACAAUGAUGAAGCAACAAAACCCACAUAUGAGCGACGACGAGAUCUCUAAUUUGAUGGCAAGUGCUAUGGGCUGUUCCAUUAGUUCUACUGCUGCUCCUGCUGAUCCACAUUCGUCUGCAUCAACUCAUAUUCCGCAUUGCGAACAGGGUGGAGAGGAAGCAGAUUGUGAUGAAGAUAUGGAAGAAGCUUGUGAUGAUCAUGAAGAUGUGGAAGGAGGUUAUGCUGAAGAUGUUGAAGAAGGUGGUUGUUCAGAAGAUGUGGAAGAAGAGCAAGGAGAAGAUCAAGAAGAAUAGUUGUUUUAUGUUAUCUAGCCCAGUUUUUAGAACUUUUUUUGGUUAUUUUGGGAUGACUCCAUUUUGAGAGAAACUUGUGGUGGUACAACUUAAAUAGUGUAGGGAUCAUGGAUCAACUUAAUAUGGUUGUUUUGAUUUUGAAUUUGGGAUGAAAAACUUAGUAUCCAACUAUUAUUAGUGGAUGAACUACUAUUAAUGUUAA